GCAGGAUAUUCCAGGCUGCAGCAUUUCACAUGGACCCCAUAAAUUUCUACUUUGACGUAUACAUAGUGCUAUUUCAUAACCUUCAUCUAGACUCCAGAUUAUUAACCUUCUGUUGGCGAGAGGUUGGUAUUGUUAAACUCUUCAUUCCUAACAGGCUUAAUGUUCAGGCUUUUGGCUGUGUAGGACUUCCUUAUUGUGUUUUUUACUAAAAUCUACAAUCUGUUGGUACUCUAAAAAGUGCAUUUUUUGCACUGCAGGAUUUCCCAGGGUGGGGAAACUGGUUUUCUUCUCAGCUUUUUUUGAAGAAAAUGAAUGCUUUUGUUAUUAUUAUUUUGUUCUUCUUAUCCUGUUCACUUAACACUUUUUUGUGUGGGCAGUUUCACAUGCUAGUCUAGGUGACACAGGUGUUGUUAUUUACCCAUGCCUUUUGGAUGUUAAACAAGUUUAAAUUGUUUAAGAAGCCUUGGGUACUGAAUGCUUGGGUCUCAUCUGAAAACAAGGUUAUGGGCUGAGCAGGAUUGAGGAGUCAUUGAACAGACGCUGGGCUGAAAUUAGCAGUAGGAGACUUUUUUUAUAAAAAUAAAAAUUUACUGAGAAGAUAGAUCAGCUCCAGAGGGAUAUUGUGUCAUUCUAGUCUAGAACUAGAUGAUCUUUAAGGUCUCUUCGAACCAAGCCCAUUCUGAGUCUAUGAUUCUAUGAUCUUCCAGGUCUUUUCCAACACAAAUCAUCCUAUGAUUCAAUGAUUUUGAUGUCUUAGAAUUUAUCUGUCCAGCAGCAUGUAACUUCACUAAUAGUGUUUAGGGCGAUGUUGUCCUAUCCUGUAACGCAGUCCUGCUCUCAAGAGAAGAUCUGAGACUACCAUAGCUCUACAGAAGGAAUAGGGACUGGAGUUUAUUUCAGUUCCACUGCAUCCUUCAAGGAAACCAGGAGAUACUAUCAAUGGCUGGUCACUAAGUGCAGGUGAUAACUUGCCCCUCUCCGAAGGAGUUCUUUGCAAUUGAAGCUCACUGCCUUAGGAAGCUGUUAAAUUAAAUAGAGUUUAAUCUAAGUGGGAGGUGAGGUGGCUAGAUUGGUUUGAUGGAGCAUUAACACCAUUAGCUACUUUAAGAAAAGGGUAACUAUGCUUUGGGCCAUCUGAUGGUCAUGAGCUAGGAUCCUUAGAUGUAUGGGGAUAAUCAGAUGACCUGAAGUCAUCUUUUUUCAAUCUUAUGUUUUCUAUACCUAUUUGGUGUCAUAUUCUGAUGACUUGUGUGAAAGGAGAAGCCUCUGCCUUAGUGUUCCAGGUGUUAGUCACACUCACACCCACACAUCCUCCCAAGACUACACCAGCAGAGACCAAAAUCCCUCACAGUAAGCAGCUCCAUCAGCCAGUGAGUGCUCCUUUCCUCACUCAUACACACACACACUCACACACUCUCUCUCUCUCUCUCUCUCUGGUGUACUUCUUCCUCAUUCAAACUCAACCAUAGGUUUCCUACCAAAGAGUCUCAGGCAGCAGAAUUUAUAAAAAUAAAGAAUUUAAUAGAGGGUACAGCAGCACAUCAUCUUGAGCUGGAUGCCUUUGGAGAGGGACUAUGAACAAAGAAAUCCCCUGGCAAUUAAAUGCUUAAGAUUACAUGCCUGCCCUUCAUGUGCUCUUAAUGCAGUUUUUUAGUCCAAUGGUGAUUUUUUGUCUGGGUCUUCUAGUAUCUUAUUGGACUCUUUCUCUGUCUUCAUGCAGGCAAGCCAUUACCUUAUUUUAUUGAGUUGAUGGUUGUAGCAUCCUUAUCUUCUGUUUUGCACUUCUUGUGCACCUGUUCACUGGCAGAACAUGGAACUAAAAAAAUGUUAGACUCAGGAUAAAUAUUACAACUAAAUAAUCAGUGUAUUGUCAAUAUUCUUCCCAUCCUAAAGACAAAACACAGCACUGUCCCAGUUACUAGGAAGAUGAACUGUAUUUCAGCCAAAAGCAUAUCUCUAUGAAAGUCCACAGCUUGUGGCUCAAGGCUUCAGGAAAUCCAGCUGCUCAUGCUAAACAACUAAAGCUAAGCAAACAGUAUUCUAAAUCACACAAUAUUACAACUAUGACUCAUUCUAUUUCAAAUUUAUCUAAGCUGAACAACAAAUAUAUGUAAACACUUGGUCCUUGGUUGCUGCCAUAAAUAAAUUCACAGUAAAAGCUUCAUUCUUUUCAGGGUGUAAUAGGAGAUGACAAUGUUUGUACCUCAGCCAAAAUAUACAGUAGUUUACAUAUCAACUAAGUGAAACUGUCUAGUAAUUGAAUGUCCCAAAGAUGACGACAAAGAUCUUCAAACAGGCCCAACCCACACAAAAAAAUGCAAGUUGCUGUUGAAACAGUAAUGAAGCAACAAUUUCCAAGGCUGUGUUGCAUGCCUCGCUGAUAUCCUCCAGCAUCCUUACCUGUGGAUGAAGUUUUUCUGUCAGGAGUUACUGAUUCUCUCACUCCAGGGAAGGGCUGCUUUCCAGAUUGAUUUGAAUGCCGGUCCUCUAAUCAGCUGGAGGGAAGGAGUCACUUAUAUAAGCCCAAGAAAAGGAAAUACUUCUGCAAUACAGCUCACAUGAAUAGCUAGGACUGAGUGCUGUUUGGCUCCUGAAAUCCAGCUUCUGCAUCUUCUCACCCUGUUUCUUUGGGGCUGUUUUGACUGAAAGGAGUGGGAAUUUGGGAGGCUUUCCUCUUCUGACUGGUCCUUUUUCAAGGCAGUCGGUGAAGGCAAGCGGAAGGCAUGACACCUUCUUCAGACAGAGAUAUCAACGGGCUUGGUAACCCCAGCUUUGCGGGUAAACGCGGGAGCCACUGUCAUUCCUCACCAGCUCAUGCUGCCUGUGGCCCAGAUGAGGGUGGAGGCAGUAGCCACAGUGGGACCAAGCUUGGCUACGCCAUCACAGAUGUGCCUCCCUGGUAUCUGUGCAUCCUGCUGGGCAUUCAGCACUUCUUGACAGCCAUAGGAGGUCUUGUAGCUGUCCCGCUGAUGCUCUCCAAAGGCCUUUGCCUCCAGCAUGACCUACUGACCCAGAGCCACCUGAUCAGCACCAUCAUCUUUGUCUCAGGAAUUUGCACCCUGCUGCAAGUCGUCUUUGGAGUAAGGCUGCCUAUUAUUCAAGGAGGGACUUUAACAUUCCUGACCCCCACCUUGGCAAUGCUGUCUCUCCCCAAUUGGAAGUGCCCUGCCUGGACAAACAACGCCACCCUGGUGAAUGCCUCUUCACCUGAAUUCAUCGAAGUCUGGCAGACACGGAUGCGAGAGGUGCAAGGAACUAUCAUUGUAACUUCUUGCUUUCAAAUCUUUGUUGGAUUUUCUGGCCUGAUUGGAUUUCUGAUGAGGUUCAUUGGCCCCCUGACAAUUGCCCCCACUAUCACCUUGGUUGCACUACCUCUGUUUGAUUCGGCUGGAGAUAUGGCUGGGCAGCACUGGGGCAUAGCAUUCCUGACUAUUUUUUUCAUAGUUCUGUUCUCUCAGUACUUGAAACAUGUUGCUGUGCCACUGCCAUCUCACCAGAGAGGCAAGAAGUCACACUUCUCUCCAAUCUACCUCUUCCAGAUCUUCCCGGUGCUGCUGGGGCUCUCCCUGAGCUGGCUGCUCUGCUACGUGCUGACAGUGACCAGCGUCCUCCCUGCGGCCCCCACUGCCUACGGCCACCUGGCCCGGACAGACAGCCGUGGGGACGUUCUGUCACAGGCUCCCUGGUUUCGGCUCCCAUACCCAGGCCAGUGGGGAACACCAACGGUGAGCCUGGCUGGGAUCUUUGGCAUCCUAGCCGGGGUGAUUUCCUCCAUGCUGGAGUCCGUGGGAGAUUACUUCGCCAGCGCCCGCCUGUGCGGGGCCCCGCCGCCGCCGAAGCACGCCAUCGGCCGCGGCAUCGGCAUGGAGGGCAUCGGCUGCCUCCUGGCCGGGGCCUGGGGCACGGGCAGCGGCACCACAUCCUACAGCGAGAAUGUGGGCGUCCUGGGCAUCACCAAGGUAGGGAGCCGAAGGGUGAUCGUUGCCGGUGCCUGUGCCAUGCUCCUGAGCGGCAUCUUUGGGAAGGUUGGGGCCGUGCUUGCCAGCAUUCCAGUCCCUGUGAUCGGAGGCAUGUUCCUUGUGAUGUUCGGAGUCAUCGCGGCAGUGGGGAUUUCCAAUUUGCAGUAUACAGAUAUGAACUCCUCAAGAAACAUCUUUAUCUUUGGAUUUUCUCUAUUUGCUGGCCUCACAAUUCCCAACUGGGCAAGCAAAAAUAGUACUCUGCUGGAAACAGGAAUCAUUCAGCUUGACCAAGUGAUCCUGGUGCUUCUCACCACUGGCAUGUUUGUGGGUGGACUUCUAGGAUUUAUCCUGGAUAACACCAUUCCAGGAACACAGGAGGAACGGGGCCUCCUGGCAUGGAAGCAAAGCCACAAGGGAAGGAUGGAAAGCUCUCAGCUCGUUUCCAAGGUGUAUGAUCUUCCCUUUGGCAUAGGCACCAGAUACUGCAAUGUCUCUUGGUUUCGCUAUCUCCCUGCUUGCCCCAGAAAACUGUCUUGUGACAAGAGAAUGGAUGAACUGAAGGCUGCUGGGCAGAAAACCAGUGUUGAAGCAAGCUUAGAUAGAAACUCUGAGAUUGGUGCUGAUACACCAAUCAGCACCAAUUGGUGCUGAUACAAGGAUAUAAGCACCUCGCCUGCAAGAGAACUCUUCUUAGAGGUCUCAAAGCGUGUCUGGAACCCCUGUCAUCUGAGUGUGAGCUGGCAGCUGUUAGAGGGGGGAAGCACGAAAAGGAUAAUGUCUUCCUCCUCCCAGCUCUGCUGACUGCAGCACUGAGGUCCUUGGGGAAGUCAUUUUCUCCUUCUCUCUUCCUGCCUGCUCACUUGUAGGAAGAACCUGAUCCCUCCUCGGGGAACACCAAAGCCCAAGAAAUGCCUAGGAAAGAUGCUCUGUUUCCUUCUUGCACUGACCCUUGGGCACCCUAAGGGGCAGCUGUUCAGCUCGAGCAGAAGGGCUUCCUGUCCCCUGAUCUGGCAGCUUCCCUGAUAUGGGCCCUGUACCACUCUCAGGCAUCCCUUGGGUUGGGGUUAAUCCCCAGCACCUUAAAGCAACAUCCACCUCUCACCUUGUGCUGUAUACCUCAUCCUGGCCAAGGGGAAGGAGCAGGAGGUGCCUCUAGGUCAUGAUUCAUCUCAUUCCAAAUUCCCAUAAUUUAGCCAGUCAAAUGAAUAUUGUUGUAAGAGAAGCAUCUAAAGUUAAUGGGAUGGAUUGUCUUCUGAACCUGUCUCUUCUGCCUCAGACCACAAAGGGACUCUAGAGACCUUAGUGAGGUUCUUGACCCAACAGAAAAAAACAGCUUCACUGAAAUGUAUCCCACCUUUGGAGUGCUGGGAGGAGUCUCAGGAGAACCAGUCUCGUGUAGGGCACCCAACCUUACAAAGAUGAAGGAAUCCUCAUCAAAUAUAAUGGAGAAAACACUUCUGCUCACAAUCUUGCACAUCCCUAUGCUGCUGCUGUGUCCUGUGUAGCCUUGCUGUACCUGUUUGUCUAGUGUGGUGAUAAGCACUUCUCUGGAAAACAGGUGUGCAGGUAUUGCACCUAUUCCCUAUUAGCUUCAACCUGUAGGGCCACAUGCAACAUGAUCACAUGUGGUCCUGUGGUUCCUGGUGCUGUGUAAUAAAAUUUUUGCUGUAGCAUAA